UUCUUGACUGCUUCACUCUCUCAUUCUUGGUAUGAAUUUGGAAAUGACUUUUGAUGACUUCAAGACCAAGACUAUGAAGGACCAGCCUGUUGAGAAGUCAAAUGGACAGAAAGCUAAAGGUCUUCAGUGUCUUUCUUCUCCAUGGUGGUGCCUGGCUGCUGUGACUCUAGGGAUCCUUUGCCUGGGAUCACUGGUGACCAUUGUACUGCUGGGGAUACAAUUAUCCCAGGUGUCUGACCUUCUAAAGCAACAGCAAGCAAACCUGACUCACCAGGAAGAUAUACUGGAGGGACAGAGCUUAGCCCAGCGACAGACGGAAGAAGCUUCCAAGGAAUCACAAAGAGAACUCAAGGAAAUGAUCGAAACCCUCGCCCGGAAGCUGGAUGAGAAAUCCAAGGAGCAAAUGGAACUUCGCCACCAGAACCUGAAUCUCCAAGAAGCUCUGAAGAGAGCAGCAAACUUUUCAGUUCCUUGUCCUCAAGAUUGGAUCUGGCAUGGAGAAAACUGUUACCUGUUUUCCUCUGGCCCAUCUGAUUGGGAAAAGAGCCGAGAGAACUGCUUGUCUUUGGAUGCCCAGUUACUGAAAAUUAAUAGCACAGGUGACCUGGACUUCAUCCGGCAAGCAAUUUCCCAUUCCAGUUACCCAUUCUGGACAGGACUGUCUCUAAGGAAACCCAACUACAUAUGGCUCUGGGAGGACGGUUCUCCUCUGGUGCCCCAUUUGUUUAGACUCCAAGGUGCUGUUUCCCAGAGGUACCCUGCAGGCACCUGUGCAUAUAUACAACGAGGAGCUGUUUUUGCUGAAAACUGCAUUUUAGUUGCAUUCAGUAUGUGUCAGAAGGCGGCAAAUCUAUUGACAGCACAGUGAAUCUGAAGGCUCUGGAAGAAAAGAAGAAGGUCUUUGAAUUUUGAAAUUUGAGCUAUUUCUUUGUCACUUGGGUGUCAGGCACGAGAGCCCUGAGAACUGCCAAUUAUUAGCUGGCUGCGGAACUCCUCAGCAGAGACCAAGGCCCCAGCUGCCUGGCACCUUUAUAUCAAAAGUUUUGAUUCCAUCUAUCUACAUUUUCCCCCUAGCUUGCCCCACCCCUUCCUGGUAGCCUUCGAUCCCUCUUCCCUUUUCUAUUUUAGAAUUUGGCUCCUCUCCAAGCUUGGGAACCCUCUGCACUCAGUCUUGUCUACUUCUAUGCCACCAUCCCCUCACCCUCCUGAAACUGCAUAGAAGGCAGAACGUGGAGAACUUGCCCAACUGCAGGCAGAGAGCAAAAAAAGAGGAAAUAUACCUAGGAAACUGCACAUGAAGAAACGGAGAAGGGCAAAGACCACACUGAAACCAAGAAACUGUUGUCAACUUUAAAAGCCAUUACUCUUUGGUUUUUAAAUUGUGAUCCAU